AUGGCCAGUAUAGAUCGGUAUCGUCCGCCUCGCGAGGGCUACCAACCGCCUACCAUCCCUGGCGCCUCUCGACCCGAUGGACCAUCACGAUCUCCUGUCCCUCGACGAGAAGUCCCGCCUGCCGCUCCCACGCCUCCUCAGCAUAGUGCGCGAACGUCUCCGCCGCGGCCUCAAGGUCAGUCGCAGUCCGGCGAACAGUCGCCUGCGCAGUCUGGGCACAACGGCUUGAGUGCAGUGGCGAAUCAAUGGUCAUUUACGUCAGAGGAGGUUCAAAGCACACCUAGUAUCAUCGAUGGAAUACCGCCAUCAGAGGAAAGACUUCGGCGGGCAAAGGGCGUCAAUUUUAUCUACCAAGCGGGUGUGAUGCUUGACUUGCCUCAGAUUACCUUGUGGGUUGCCGGUGUGUUCUUUCACAGAUUCUUCAUGCGCUUCAGCAUGGUGCAAGAGAAGGGAGGAAUACACCACUAUAAUAUUGCGGCCACGGCGCUUUUCCUUGCAAACAAGGUCGAAGAAAACUGCCGAAAAACGAAGGACAUUAUCAUCGCCGUUGCCAAGGUGGCUCAAAAGAAUGCAAAGCUUAUUAUCGAUGAGCAAAGUAAGGAAUAUUGGAGAUGGCGAGACAGCAUCCUGACGUAUGAGGAGAUUAUGCUGGAACAAUUAACUUUUGAUCUCAUGAUCGAUAAUCCAUAUCGACACCUCUUUGAACUCCUCGGUCAACUCGAUAUUGUUCACAAUAAGAACCUGAGGCAGGCCGCUUGGGCUUUUUGCAACGACGCCUGCCUGACAGCAAUUCCCCUGCUGAUCGAGGCACGGGAUGUGGCCAUUAGCGCCAUUUUCUUUGCCAGUGUCCAUACUCACCAGCAAAUUGAUGACAUAAAUGGCGAGCCAUGGUGGAGAUACUUGAAUGGGGAUGAGGAACGCUGUGUCAACGCAAUCGAAGUGAUGCGCCAGUUCUACACGGAGAAUCCGCUUAGAAAGCAGAACCCGUCGCUGCCAUCACCCGCAUUCGACCUGGAAAAUACACGACGGCGUGCCGACACGCUGCUGAGCCAACCCGAUACCCUGUCCUCGAAUGGGACGCCAAUGGAGUUGGACAGGGCCAGCCGGAGCAGGAGCCCGGCGCCGAGAAUGAAUGGGGCAGAUAGGAGAGAUGCCAGCAUGACGCGGUCGCCGAUCAAGAGGAAAGACGCCGAGCCCGACUCAGCAGCCGACCGCGAGAGGGCCGAGAAGCGCGCCAAGGUGUCAGAAGAUGAGGGCGAGUUGGUGGAGGACUAG